AUGGUUACCACGAAACAUCGAAUAUUCCCCUCAGACAGCGAGAGGAAGGUUUCCGAGCAUCCUCACCCCAAUGCGCCGGCUCAAAUGCAUCUUGCGACCGGCAUGGUGCGGUAUAUGGGGGAUGGUGGUGAAUGGGAGGGGUCACGCGGUCACUUACUCCAGGGCCACAGCCAAUACCGAUGGACGGGCUGUGAGGGCGAAUUCAGUCGAGAGCAGGAGGAGAGAGAGUUGAGGGGGAAGAUGUUGGAGGGCGAAGGGAGAAAUGAGGGCAACAUGGAAAGCCGGCAGAAGCUGCGAAGCUUCGAGGUUGAAUGCCAAGACGUGAUUGCCCGAUUCGGACAUCUAACUGGAAUACCCAAGGAUGUAAAUUACGCACGUGGAUAA